AUGGGAUUUGGGAAACUUCGUUGGGCGGUCCUCCUGCUCCCCUACUUCCUCCCACUUGGGUAUAGUUCGGCGAAUGCGGUGGAGACGAGAUCAUGGGACGAAUCAUACGCGCUUUCCCAUAAGGUUGUGUCCCAAAUGACGGUCGACGAGAAGGUCGGGGUACUUACAGGUGUUACUUUUGCUAAGAGCAAAUGUAACGGCGAUACACACCCAGUCUCCCGGCUGGGCAUCCCCGCUCUCUGUUUCAAAGACGGCCCCGCGGGCGUCCAACCUUCCAAAAGCGUGACAGGCUUCCCCGCAGGCAUCAACGCUGCUUCGACGUUCAGUAGGACGUUAAUGAGGAAAAGGGGGGAGGCUAUUGGCAGGGAGUUGAAGGGUAAAGGUGUCAACACAUGGUACGGACCAUCUAUCGACAUCAUGCGCAACCCCAAAGGUGGACGUGGUUGGGAAGCCUUCGGUCCAGACCCCUACCUCAACAGCGAAGGGGGCUACGAAACUAUCAUGGGCGUACAAGGCGUAGGUGUCCAAGCCUGCGCAAAACACCUUGCUGCCAAUAAUCAGGAACACAAUCGGUAUAAUCUCAGUGUAACAUUGGAUGAUCGGGCAAUGUGGGAGGUUUACGGGUAUCCGUAUAUUCGAAGUAUCAAGGAGGCCGACUUGUCGUCCGUGAUGUGUUCCUUCAACCGCAUCAAUGGAACCUUCACUUGCUCGCACCCGAAGCUCCUGGCCAAUGACGGUUUCUUGCGGUCAAACGGUUUUAAAGGUUUCGUUGUUAGCGAUUAUGGCGCCACGCAUGGUACUGCCGCUGAAAUUGCCAACGCCGGGAUGGAAAUGGAGCAACCUGGAGAGUUCGAUCCACUUGUAAACGGUGGGGGCGUGUUCACGGAAGGUGGUCUUAAGAACUCGGUCCUCAACGGCACCGUGUCUAAUGAACGCCUUGAUGAAAUGGCCGUCCGCGUCCUGGCUCCAUGGUAUCGUCUACGACAAGACGUGGAUUACCCUCCAAUCGACCAUGCCGCAAAUGUGCGUUCAGAGGAACACACGGCCCUUGCCAAAGAAAUCGCGUCCGCCUCUGCCGUACUCCUCAAAAACGCACCUCGUAACUCUAACUCAUCUUCACUAACUCCGGGGCGCCACUUCGGCCUCCCUAUCCUCAGGUCUGAAAUCAAGGAAAUGGCCAUCAUAGGCGAAGACGCCAAACAACCGGAUCUCAGCCUUUGCAAUGAGCUUGUUGAGUGUACGAACGGGACUUUGGCGGUUGGAUGGGGAUCGGGUGGCAACUCACUGGAAUUCUUAGUCGCGCCAGCAGACGCUAUAACGUCAUACGUCGGCGAUUCUGCUACGAUCGCUACUUCGCUGUCGAACGAUGCUACUGCAGGUGCCGCCGCUGCGGCCAAUAAGGAUGUAGCGUUCGUCUUCGUUAACGCGCGGAGUGGCGAAUGGAUUCAAAAUAUCGUUCACGACCAAGGCGGUGACAGAAACGACUUGGAACUCUUCUACGAAGGCAGACAGCUGAUCGAACGCGUCGCCGCUGUGUGCAACAACACCAUUGUAGUUGUACAUUCUGUGGGCCCCGUGUUCAUGCCUUGGAGCACACAUCCGAACAUCACCGCCAUCGUCUAUGCUGGAGUACCUGGCGAGCAAUCUGGGCCGUCGAUUGUAGACGUCUUGUAUGGGAACUACAACCCCAGCGGACGAUUACCCUUUAGCAUCGCCGACACUGAAGAAGCGUAUGGCACGCAAAUCGUGUACGAUCGUACGAUCGGCCCAUUGACUCUCAACUACACCGAAGGCUUAUUCCUGGACUAUCGGUACAUGGAAGAACACGGCAUCUCCCCCCGUUUCGAGUACGGCUUCGGCCUUUCGUACACCACCUUCUCCUACGGGAGCCUCGACAUCCGCUCUAAUGGUUCCUCAAAGAGCGUCACGUUCAGCAUACGCAAUACAGGUGGCGUGGACGGCACGGAGAUUCCCCAGUUAUACUUGGGAUUUCCCGAAGGCUCGGGCGAGCCGAAGAAGGUGUUGAGAGGCUUCAGCGAUGUGGCUGUCAGAGUCGACGAGAUCAAGAACGUCACCAUGACGCUUACUGAGCUGGAUAUGAGCGUUUGGGAUGUUACGACCCAGCAAUGGACAGUGCCUUCAGGCGAAUUCAAAGUGUAUAUCGGAGCCUCAGUCAAGGAUAUCCGAUUGACGGGGUCGUUCUAG